ACAGCGCUCAGCAUUGACGUCCCCAACAUGGCGGCCGCCAGCAGACGCUUCAGGUGAGCCGCCAGCUUCUUCACAGGUGGAUUAGCAAGUAUAGCAUCCCUGACCUUUUAAACUAUCACAGAGCAAGAAAAUUUGAGGAGUGGUGACCAAAUGACUGAGCUGAAAUAGAAAGUAAAGCAGCUGGCAAGAAAAAUGGAACAGUUCACAUUGCACAGCAUUAUUUUGGUAGUCACUACACUAGCUAUCUACCACAAUGCACUGGACUGUGGUUUUGUCUUUGAUGACAUGUCUGCAAUAGUUGAGAACCAGGACUUGCGACCAAAAACACCUAUCACAGACCUCUUCUGGAAUGACUUCUGGGGAACACCUAUGCACAAGGAAAAAAGUCACAAGUCCUAUCGGCCGCUGUGUGUUCUGACAUUCCGUUUUAACUAUAUGCUGAGUGAACUGGAGCCCAUGACCUACCACCUGGUCAAUGUUGUACUCCAUGCCAUCGUGUGUAUCUUGUUUAUGAAAGUGUGCAAUAUGUUUGUCAAGGAGAGUACCAGUUUUCUUGCAGCCAUGUUGUUUGCUGUUCACCCAGUUCAUACAGAAGCUGUAACUGGGGUAGUAGGCAGAGCAGAGUGCUUGUCUUCCAUCUUCUUCUUGGCAGCCUUUCUGAUGUAUUCCAAGUGCACAGGAUACAGAUCUCCUAUUGCAUGGCGACCCCUGAUUAUGACAGUGAUUCUGGUGACAGUGGCUGUAAUAUGCAAGGAACAGGGCAUUACCGUGAUAGGUGUGUGCUGUGUGUAUGAAGUCUUUGUAGCCCAGAGAGCCACAAUGUCAGAGUUGCUAUGGAUGUUGACCAGCGUGAUUCAAGGGAAGCCCAAGCUGGCUGGUUGGCUGCAGACGUCGAUCAUGCGAGCUGGGUUCCUAGUUUUUUCAACACUCUUCUUGCUCUUUGCUCGCAUCAAGGUCAUGGGGGCCCAGCUUCCAGUCUUUACAAAGUUUGACAAUCCAGCCUCAGUGUCGCCUUCUCCAGCAAGACAACUGACGUUGAAUUAUCUCCUGCCUGUAAACGCCUGGCUGCUGUUGAAUCCCAGUGGUCUCUGCUGUGACUGGACCAUGGGCACCAUUCCAAUCAUUACCUCCCUUGUGGACAUGCGCAACCUUGCAACGCUAGCCUUCUAUCUGGUCCUUGGAAGUUUUACUGUUUAUGCUUUGUUUGAGCAGACAAGACGUUCUCGGGCAAUCAUCAUGAGCCUGUCCUUCUUGGUGCUUCCAUUUAUUCCAGCCUCCAACCUCUUCUUCCCUGUGGGCUUUGUUGUUGCCGAGCGAAUUCUUUACACGCCAAGCCUGGGCUUCUGUCUUCUAGUGGCCCUUGGCUUUCAUAUCAUCAUAGAGAACAGAAAGUGUCUACGAGGUCUGAUGUACCUGCUGAUGACACUGCUAUUGUUGUGCCACAGUGCCAAGACCUUUGUCAGGAAUUACGAUUGGAUGUCAGAGUACUCUUUGUUCCGAUCAGCCCUGAAAGUUAACCAGGACAAUGCUAAGCUCUGGAACAAUGUGGGCCAUGCCCUGGAGAAGGUGGAGAAGUACCAGGAGGCACUAGACUACUUUGAGAAGGCAGCAAGUGUGCAGCCUGAUGACAUUGGUGCUCACAUCAACGUUGGAAGAACCUACAACAACCUCAACCUCAGUCAACCAGCUGAAGGCAGCUAUCGCAGAGCCAUCAGUCUCUUUCCUCCGAUCAUAAAAGGUCGAAGUUACACUGCUCGGGUCGCACCCAACCACCUGAAUGCUUACUUGAACCUGGCCAACCUUGUAUCGAAAGAUCCUCACCGCUUGGAGGAAGCCAGGAAUCUACUCCAGCAAGCUAUUUCCAUGAGAACAGACUUCAUAGAAGCCUAUAUCAACUUGGGAGACAUCUUUGUAAAACUGGGCAGAAUAGCGGAUGCGCAACACACGUAUGAAGAUGCCAUUCGUGUAGAGCCACGAAACGCUGAUCUCCAUUUCAAUCUUGGAGUCGUACAUUUAGAACAAAAACACAUGGCAGAAGCACGACAAGCUUUUGAGAAUGCUCUGAAAAUAGACCCUGACCAUGUGCAAUCCCUCUACAAUUCUGCUAUUCUCAUGCAAGAGGGUGGUAACCCCAAGGAUAGAGAAGAGGCUGUGAGGAGGCUACACAAGUUAGAACAAGGCGACCCCCGUGACCCCAAGAUCUUCUUCAACAGUGCUAUGCUUGCCAUGGAUGAGAAGAACUUCAUGGCCGCUGAGAUCAACUUCAAAAAAGCAGUUCAGCUGGACCCCAAGUUCCGUAGUGCUUUGUUUAACCUGGCCUUAAUGCUGGUCAAUGAUGUCAACCGUCCGUUGGAAGCAGUUCCGUACCUGGAGCAGCUGCUAACUCACUACCCAGAUCACACUAAAGGCCUGAUUUUAAUGGGAGACCUCAAUGUUAACCACCUUAAGAAUCUGGAUGCUGCAGAACAGAACUUCAGAACCAUUUUACAGCAUGAGCCAAACAACGUGCAAGCUCAUCACAACCUCUGUGUGGUGUAUGUGGAGCGUGGUGACCUGCUUCGUGCAGAAAGAUGCCUCGUUGACACCCUGGCACUAGAACCAUCUGCAGAUUAUAUCCGCAACCAUCUCAACAUCGUGAGGUCUCGCAUCCACCAGAUUCGACAGCGGCAACAGCAAAAACAGCAGCAGCAGGCAUCACCCCCAAUACAUCAGGAAAUACCUCAAAGGACAUCAGAUUUUGACUCUCAGGAGCAGCCACAGAAUCCACCACAAAGUCAACGAUAGAAGCCUUACAGGCCUGGCAGAAAGCAGUCUGACAGAACUAACAGUGGUCAGGGCCAUACCCACAGUUCUCUCAACCUUACUUCUGAUGGGAGAUGAUUGUGCCAGAGUGCUAUCUUCUGAGAACCAAAGAGUGGAACAAGAGUGAGAAAAACAAGAAAAACAACAGUUUCUGUCAAAUUUCUUGUGAUCUUAGCAAAAGGGAGGGCCAUUUUUUUAUGGACAAUUUGUGAUACAUUUGCUGCUGUGUGCAGUCAGCAUAGCUUGUCUGUUGGCCAUAGGGACUUUAUGCAGAUGUUGCAGUACUUCAGUGUAGGCAGGUAUAUGGUUCUCUGUAUGGUUCUUCAGUGUGGACAGAUGAUGACUUUAUGCUUAUAUUGAUCCAUUUAUCCCUUGACUAAUACCCGUCCUUGCAGAAAGCACAUGGAUAGAUGUGGCAGCUGACAAGAUCUGCCACUCUGGCCUGUCUUGAGCGGUGAUGAAUGCCACUCUUUCAUAUUUGUAAGCCAGUUCUUCCUCUGGCCACCUCAUCAUUGACCUUCCUCUGACCUCAGCAUUGAUCUUCCUCCAAGAUACUUUUAAGGACAGUCUUUAACAGAAUGUUGUGCUGAACCAGACCAGCUUAUACUGCUUGACUGUUGCAAGUAGUGGUUCCUAGCGUCCUACAAGUGUGGUGACUGUGCUUCACACAAAGUCAUUGGUUUUGUGCUACCUGUACAAGAUCUGGAGUAGCCUCCUCAGGCACUUGUUCUCAAAUGCCUGGGUUCUCCUCUCAGUAUCAGCAGAGUCCAUGUUUCAUUCAUAUGGCAGGGUGGGAACUGCCAGGAACUUGUACAGUCUUGUUGUAGUAAAACAGAUGUUAUUGCUGUACCAGUCCUGAUGCAUAUAUGUUGUGGAGCUGCUAUCAUUGGAGAGGGUGGAUUCUGAGUAUUUAAAGCUCUUUACCUCUUUGAGCCAUACUUGUUCAUGUCGAUAUUGCAUCACUUCACUGUGAACAGAUGGUGACCGUACUCAGAUAUUGCAGUACUACGGUUUUUUUGUUUUUUUUUACAUUCAGUUGAAUAAUUUUCUGCUGAGUACAAUAGAGGUUGUAUAAAUAGUGUUUGUAUGGUGGUGUGCACAUACCGGUAUACCUGUGCAUGUAUAAUGUGCAAGAGAGUGAGCAAGAAAUUCCAUUUUACAGCUAUAGGUGUCAUCAGCUUUUUGAAAAACAACUAUGUACAUGCGAGAGUUUUUAAACAAUCAAAAGGAGAACCAGGUGGUUUGUCAAACUGAUUAGGCUUUUUUUUUUUCCACAUAGAGUUGAUUAAUUCGACACAUUCGAUGGUUUCUGAGGACUGAUGGUGGUCCCUUACUCUGCACCGUGUCUACGCAGAUACAGUGCUGGGUUUAUCUUGUCAGUACACCCUCCAAUGUCCCAACCAUUCAUUUCUUACCUUUGUCUCCUAUAGUGAUUUACAGUGGUUAUGGUUGUUUUUAAAUUUUUGCGUGUUGCUGUUUCCUUCAAGCUCUACUUUAUUGUUUUUCUAUAUGUAUCGUCAAACCUUGCUGAUGUUCUGUUUUCUCUGCGCUUGCAAACCCGUGGUUUCAUUCACUUCAUUAAGUCCUAGACUACACUGUUCUAGAAGCUAAAAAUUUAUCACAGAAGGACUAAUCCACAUGAAUAGCAAAUGAAGUAGAAAUGAUUUCACCAGUUGGGUUUUUAAAAAAAAUGUUUUAAUGAAUGCCUGGGAGAUGAUACUUGUACAAAGGUCUAUUUCACAAACUCUUAAGAUGACAUAAGCCAGGAAGCUUGGUCUCAAGGUCAAGCACUGAAGCAUUGGAACUUGCAACUGUUCACCUGCCAGAAUAUUGGUGAAGACCCUCCCCCCCCCCAAAAAAAAAAAAAAAUACACACAUCCAGUUUGUCCUCCUUUGAUAUCAGCUUGAUUAACUUUUCUACAUACUUUUAAGCAGCUGUUGACUUUGGACAUUGAUUAUUUUGAGAAAAUCUCUCCAUUUGCUUUAUUUCUAUGUUCACAUUGUUACCUAGUAACAUAUCAAUUUGUACUGCUCUUGUUUUGCCAGAUAUAAUGUGGAUAAACAUUACUCACUAUUCAAAUGUUCUUAAUGAUCCAUACUGGAUUGAUCAGUAAAUGGGAAAGUAUUUCAGAGAUUUGUUUUAUUAGCCAUUUACUUUACACAAGUAUUUUGUCUUUUUUUAUUGUUAGUCAAAGGGUCCUAGUGUGACAGUAGACCCAUAUGGCUACAGUCUCUAAGGCCAUCCCCCUCCUGCAGACCUGAUUUAUAUCCUUAAUUCUAGUGUUUUUGCUCUCAAUCAUGAGUUUACACAUACAUAUCAGCUGGCACUGGAAAGUGUAUACUAAGAUGGAACAUACGUUUGUCAAGGCUGCAAGAUGCAUUGUUAGAUAGUAAGAUAUCAAAUUUGGAUUUUUCUUUUACAUAUCUGUAUACAGUGUAUUUAACUUCCGUCUCCGUAAACCAGGAUCUGUGUGGAUCACCAGCACAGUCACAUGGUGUAGAUCAUGCAUGUAGUUGUAGAACUCUUCUGCCUGUUUUUUUCAUGCUGUUGCCUCUUGGUCAUUACAGUAAUCUCUCACCUUUUGUGCAGGUUACGUUCCAGAAACCCCUGCAAUAGGUGAAAAUCUGUGAAGUAGCAGCAUUUUAUCUAUUUUAUUAUUAAUGUAUAUUUUAAACCCUUCCCACACUCUUAUAAACACUUCAUACGCUUGAACACUUUCUACACUUUUAAGCCUACGUAAUUUUAACAUAUAAAAUCCUAUAUGGGUACUCACCAGUGAAGUACACAACUUAAAUGUGAUAUAGCAAAAACUCCACAAUACAAAAUUUGAUUUUUUUCCCCAAAAAAAAAUUGGAUACACUGAAGCCACAAUGAGUGGACCGCGAUAACAAGGGAUUACUGUAUUAGCAUAACCUUUCUUCCAGUUUCUUUCAUGCUGUCACGUCUUGAUCAUUAUUAGCAUCUGUACUUGUCUCUCCAUUUUUUUUGUUGGAAGGAUAAGGUUCUUUUCUAUUUUUUUAUUUUACCUUUUAUAAAACCUUUAUCAGUGUGUGGUUGCUAUGUUUUAGUUACAUUUGUGCUGACUGAUUUUGAUAUCAAUUGUCUUGUCAAAGGAGAUGGUAGUUUAUAACAAAUUUUGUUUCUAUGCUUGGUCUCUUUGUAAAGAACAGAGUAAUAGGUUAACAUUGAAAGCUGAGUGGAAGAUUACUUACAAAAGGAGUGGGUCUAGUUCAUUUAAAGAUAUUAACUCUCCAAUCAAUGUUUCAUUCAAGAGAUAAAAGCCUUUGAACACCACAGUUUUGUGUAGUUUUGGAAAGAUGUUGAGACAUUUCUCAAGACAUCACAAAUGCUGAUUGCAGCAUUCAGUGAAGUCAGGUGUGUGAAUUUUGGUCAAUCAUUG